AAUGUGUGUAGAUCUUCCAUUAUUGCAAUAUAUACCAGGGUAGCGAAGUUUUCGAAAUAAAAUAAUUGUAUUUGUGUGAAACGUGCCGAAGCAAUAGUGCUUGUUGCACUAUGCUGGAGUCGACCUGAAGUUCCCAGUGGAAGUGAAAGCCAGAACCACGCGUGCCGGAGGUGUAUAUACAUGAUACGGACACUUCGCAUAAAAUUCUGUUGUAUAUUCGUAUUUUGAAUCUUGGAAAUGACAUUUCCGCCAUUCGAUGGAGGCGCAACCUCCAGUUUGUUGGAGCACCAGCCGCCAGCUGCAGAUCAACUAUGGACAAGGAAGAUCUUCGCUGUCAGUGAUAUCGAUUGGAAAGCAGUUCCUUUGAAAACUUCGUAAUGAUGUUCGUAGAACAUUUUGCACAAGCUGUUUUGGAACGAUUUCUGAAGAAAUGUGAUGAAUAGAGCUGACUUUCCACUAGACGAGAUAAUAGUUAUCCCAUCAGUGUAUUGUCAUACAGGACUAAUGUCAGGAUGGUUGGUUGUUCUUCUAGAAAGCACUGAAGGCUGUGGUCCAGUUGCCAUUGAAGGGCCAAAUGUUUUGUCCACGUCUGCCGCAGACGUGGAUGAAAUUUGUGGCUCUUCAAUGCCAACUGGACCACAGCCUACCAGCCUGGAAAAUUUGUCUUCUGUUCACAUUUUGUUCAUUCAACACAAAUAUUAUUAUAAUGAUUAUUUUAACACCUGUUAUGUUUAUUUAUUAACUGUAAGAUUUCUUAAAUGGCUCACUAAACCAUUCAUUUCUUCCUUUCUUCUAAAAACUACGACUCAAUUUGGAAUUUGGAAAAAGGAAAAAUCGUGUUUUCAUGCAAGUGGCGUGAGGGCGUUCCGUCGUGUGCCUCGGGGAGCCGGGGCCGCGCGCCCUCGCGCCUCCUGUUCCUCCGCGUGGCGCCGGCGCCUUCGCAUCGCCGCGGGGCCAGGAAGGCGCCGGGCGCCGACCCGCCGCGCGCGGGGCCAGGAAUGCCGCCUCACCCCGGCGCUCCCCACCUCUCUCCUACCCCGCCUCGCUCCACCACCCCCUCCCCUCCUCUUUCCUCCCCCGCCCCGGCCGGCCACAAAACGCCAGCAACAUUCCAGGAUCGAGGGGCCUAGUGAGAGAAGCGUUGGAUGUAACGCGUUACGUAGGGGGUCUGUUGAACGUCCACGAGGAGCUGAGUGCACGCGCAUCCUUGGGGCGCCUGUUGAUACUUAUCGGGAAUAUCGGGGCUACUGCCGGACGCCCGCCCGUGCCUACGUCACGCCUCGCCUCGCGCUGCCGCCUUGA